GAGUGUUUGGACAACGCUUCCAUUGGUGUUCCAGUGGAGGUUAUUUUGAGGGGCUCGUGCUGUCAGCUGUUGUCUUGAGUCCUUUUGGACCCUCCUUACCUCUCUCUUUCACUCUGAUAAAACUGUGGACUGGCUGGUUCAUUGUCCUCCUUUUCUAUUCAACCCCGAACAGACACGUGUAGGCAUAUGAUGGAGGGCAGUGACCAGACCUCUGAGAACGCCAAUGAACAAGUCAAUGACCCUGAGGAGCAGCCAGUGGACCCCAUGGAGGACUUCAGCCGGCAGUUAGAGGAUAUAAUCAACACGUAUGGAGCGGCAUCGAGCCUGAUGCAGGAGCAGAUCUCCAUCCUGGAGUCUGAGGAGAAAAAGGAAGAGGAGGCAAAGGCUGAUGAAGAGGCUGACCCACAAGAAGCUGGUGCCAGUCCAGAGAAGGAGCAAAAAGCUGAUAAGAAACUCCUCAAGGGCCUGGGUAAAGAGGCCGCAUCCUUAUUGCAAAGCCUGAACAAGCUCGCCUCACCAGAAGAGAAAGUGGAAAUGGUGUUGAAGAAAUACACUGAGUUGGUGGAGGAACACAGGACUGAGAAGAAACAGCUGGAGCAGCUUCAGCAGAGACAGGGUCUUCUGGGCAAGCAGAGAGAUCAGCUUCAGUUCGAGCACAGUCGAGCCAUUCUGGCCCGCAGCAAGCUGGAGAUGCUCUGCAGGGAGCUUCAGAGACAUAACAGGACACUGAAGGAGGAGAGUCUGCAAAGACUGCGGGAGGAUGAAAUGAAUCGGAAGGAGAUCACAGCUCAUUUCCAGAGCACGCUGGUGGACAUUCAGAAUCAGAUCGAGCAGCACAGUAACCGCAACAACAAGCUAUGCCAAGAGAACAGUGAUCUGGCCAGCAAACUCAAGACCAUCAUAGAGCAGUAUGAGCGGAGAGAACAGAGUUUAGAGAAGAUCUUCAAACACAGAGAUCUACAGCAGAAACUGUCUGAUGCCAAGCUGGAAGAAGCCAACAUGCUCCUCAGUCAAGCUGAAGAGAAGCACAAAAGGGAGAAGGAAUAUUUACUCACUCAGGCUGCAGAGUGGAAACUACAGGCUAAAGAGCUGAAAGAGCAGCACACUGUCAUGCAGGCCCAGAUUGUGUUGUACUCCCAGAAGUUUGAUGAGUUCCAGAACACACUAGCAAAAAGCAAUGAAAUUUACAUCACUUUCAAACAGGAGAUGGACAAGAUGACAAAGAAGAUGAAGAAGCUGGAAAAGGAGUCAAACAUAUGGAAGACACGGUUUGAAAGCUGCAAUAAAGCUCUUGUUGAAAUGAUUGACGAGAGAUCAGAAAAGGCCAAAGAGUUUGAACUCUUCACUUUGAAAAUUGACCGUCUAGAGACUCUGUGCCGAGCACUGCAGGAUGAAAGAAAAAGUUUAUAUAUCAAAAUUAAAGAAAUACGGUCCUCAGAAAAGGCAACUCUAGCACCUGCAGUGGAUUUGCCCCAAGUAGAUGAGCUUCCAGAGCUUGUCCAACUUCCUAAGUCAGCUCCCAACCCCAUGUUGACCGCAGAGAUGAAGAGGCUGCGAGAGGAGCAGAUCCGUCUGCAGGAGUUUGCAGCUUCCUUGGUAAGUUCCAUAACAGAUGAUGCUGGAGAAUCUGAUAGUGAGGAAGAGGAGAUGGCACAAAAGAUUCCAGCAAAUCCUGAGGCUACCAAACUUGAAUCCUCUGAACUAGCAGAUAAACCAGAAUCAAUACAAGAUGAACCCUCUACCACAGAAGAAAACAAACCAGAGGUUGUUAGUGUAAAUGAAGAGAAGUCAUUAGUACCCACAAAUCCUGAACCCACCAAACCUGAGACGGAAUCCAAACUUUCUCAAGAGCCUCUACAACCAGAGAUCACUGAACAACAGACAGGAAAACAAGAGUCAGUCAAAGAGGAACCAAGCCAGGAAGAGGCGACAAAAGCAGAAGAGACAGUCGAACAGGAAUCCACUCAGUCAAAGCCUGUCAUGAAAGAAGAGUGCAAAGAUGAAGCAGUUAAACCUGAGCUACCUGAACCAGAGCCUCCCAAACAACAGCCCCUCAAAGAGGAGCAGCCAAAACCUGUCAUGAAAGAAGAGUGCAAAGUUGAAGCUGUAAAACCUGAGCUACCUGAACCAGAGCCUCCCAAACAACAGCCCCUCAAAGAGGAGCAGCCAAAACCUGUCAUGAAAGAAGAGUGCAAAGUUGAAGCUGUAAAACCUGAGCUACCUGAACCAGAGCCUCCCAAACAACAGCCCCUCAAAGAGGAGCAGCCAAAACCUGUCAUGAAAGAAGAGUGCAAAUAUGAAGCUGUUAAACCUGAGCUACCUGAACCAGAGCCUCCCAAACAACAGCCCCUCAAAGAGGAGCAGCCGAAGCCUGUCAUAAAAGAGUGCAAACAUGAAGCUGUCAAACCUGAGCUACCUAAACCAGAGCCUCUCAAACAAGAGCCCCUCAAACAGGAGCAGCCAAAGCCUGUCAUGAAAGAAGAGUGCAAACUUGAAGCUGUUAAACCUGAGCUACCUGAACAAGAGCCUCCCAAACAAGAGCCCCUCAAACAGGAGCUGCCAAAGCCUGUCAUGAAAGAAGAGUGCAAAGAUGAAGCUGUUAAAACUGAGCUACCUGAACCAGAGCUGCCCAAACAAGAGCCCCUCAAAGAGGAGCACGUUGAGAAAGCUGCAGCUGCCUCUGAGGAACCCAAAGCACAGGCGACCAAACCUAAAGCCUCAAAAUCCCAAGAGGCAAAAGCGAAGGCCGGCAAAGCCCAGCCUAAAAAACAAGGUUCAGCCAAGAAGAAAGGUUCUGCAAAGGGUCAGAAUAAAAGCUAAGCCAAAAUGUAUUACCAAAGAAGUUUUUUUUUAUAAUUUCUAGAUUAGAUUGUUUGUGUAGUUAGACAAGUCUGGCUGUUGACAAGUUUAAAGACCAAUUCACACUGCACUGACAGAUGGCAAUAAAAGGCAACGGACACAUUCGUAAGGUUUUGUCUGAUCAGUCUGUUACUCCUGUCAGCAUCUGUUGGUGUUGGUCUGUGCUUGUUUUUGCCAACAGAAUGUUGAAUUAGCAUUUAUCGAGUCUUGGAACGUCUGAGAAGUGACGUAGACCUACUGUACUCGGUCGGCAUUGGUCUGUGUCUGUCUGUGCAGUGUGAAUUGGCCUUAAGUUAAUACAGAUGAUGACAGACUGGUCGUAGGACACGUUCCUUUAUGAAAGUUUAUAAAGAUACAUUUUUAGCUUUAUGAGUGUGAUACUUUUUUCCUCUUGUAAUACUUCUUAGUACCUUCAAAUAAACAUCUGUUCUUGACAAUCUUA